AUGGCAUCGGAAUACGAGAAAAAGACCGUCGCGCAGUUACAAGAGCUACUGAAAGCUCGUGGUCUGACAACCUCUGGUAAGAAGGCUGAGCUUGUUGCUCGACUUCAGGAAGCCGAUACAGCAGCCAGUGCAACGAAAACCGAAGCAAAGCCCGACGCCGCUGAGGAUAUUAUCGACUGGGAUGAUGAAGCGCCUACUACUGAAGCUCCGUUAAAAGAGAGCGCUCAAGCCUCAACAGAAGCUGGCGCUGCUUCUAUUGCUGCUGGUGGCCAAGGACAAGUGCCGAAUCCAGUCGCCGUCCCCAACCAAACACUUGGAGAGGAUCCUGCAAAGACGAAUGAUCUUCACAUUGAAAAUAAGGGCGAUGCUUCUGAACAAGCUGCGACAGAAGAGAAGCCCGCCGUCGACUACAGCAUCGGACUCCAGCCGACGGAGAUAGAAGAAGAGUUGAAGAAACGCAAAGCCCGUGCUGAGAAAUUUGGCAUUGUUGCAGAAACCCAAUCAGAGUCGACAGAGGCAGAAAAGGCGCUUGAACGAGCGAAACGAUUUGGAACAGGCGGUUCAACUGAAUCGGGAGUAGGUGUCAGCCGACUAGAUCAAGCUCUCCCUGCUGAACGGGAACGAAAGCGCGGUCGAGGUGACGAACAGGGUGGACGUGGAGGCAAACGACGUAAUUUUGGCGGCGCUGGUGGUCGUAACCGUGUUCAGAAUCGCAAAAGCAACAACCCAGCCGGCCGAAGCAACGAUCCUAAACCCGUGUUCAGUGACAAGGACAAAGCUGCAGCAGAGGCUAGGAAGAAACGAUUCUCUGCAGCUGCAUAG